AUGCCGGAUGAGCUGACCGAGCCCGGGCGCGCCACGCCGGCUCGUGCCUCCUCCUUCCUCAUCGAGAACCUGCUGGCAGCCGAGGCCAAGGGCGCGGGGCGCGCAGCUCAAGGCGAUGGCAUCCGCGAGGAAGAGGAGGAUGACGACGACGACCCCGAGGACGAGGAUCCGGAGCAAGCGCGCCGACGACGACUACAGCGGCGGCGACAGCAGCGCGCGGGCAGCGGGCCGGGCGGGGAGGCGAGGGCCCGUGCUCUGGGCCUAGGGCCCCGGCCGCCUCCCGGGCCCGGGCCGCCCUUCGCGCUCGGCUGCGGAAGCGCGACGCGGUGGUACCCACGGGUGCACGGCGGCUACGGAGGUGGUCUGAGUCCUGACACAAGCGACCGGGACUCUCCGGAGACCGGCGAGGAGAUGGGCCGCGCCGAGAGCGCCUGGCCGCGGUGCCCCGGGCCGGGAACCGUUCCGCGAGAGGCGACGACGCAGGGCCCGGCGACCGGCGGGGAGGAGGCGGCGGAGUUGGCCGAGGCUCCGGCGGUGGCGACGGCGGCGGCAGGGGAGGCGCGCGGCGGCCGCAGGAAGAAGACGCGCACGGUCUUCUCGCGCAGCCAGGUCUUCCAGCUCGAGUCCACUUUCGAUCUGAAGCGCUACCUGAGCAGUGCCGAGCGCGCAGGCCUGGCCGCCUCGCUGCAGCUCACGGAGACGCAGGUCAAGAUCUGGUUUCAGAAUCGCCGCAACAAGUGGAAGCGGCAGCUGGCGGCGGAGCUGGAGGCGGCCAGCCUGUCCCCGCCCGGCGCGCAGCGCCUGGUCCGCGUGCCGGUGCUCUACCACGAGAAUCCCCCGGCCGCCGCAGGGCCCGCGCUGCCUUUCCCGCUGGCGCCGCCCGCACCCGCGCCGCCGCCGCCGCUGCUCGGUUUCUCGGGCGCUCUUGCCUACCCGCUGGCCGCCUUCCCCGCCGCCGCCUCGGUGCCCUUCCUUCGCGCGCAGAUGCCUGGGCUAGUGUGA